ACCGUCCCAUUGGCAAGGCACGGCGCUUUGCGUUGGUCUGGCCUCACGGCAUUGCGGGAAAGCCAGUCAAUUCUUUCUAAAUCGCUUCAAAGCCUGUAAGAAAUAUCAAGCAUAGUAAAUCACUAUCGGCAGCCGAGAACUGCAAAACAACCUCAAGCGAACUCCGCGAGCACCCGCCCUCAGCUGGCUUUUUUCCCGCUUUGGGGCUACGCUCUGCAUCAAUGUUCGCCUGAGUUGCGGGAAAUGAGCAGGAGGCUGCUUAGAGACUAGAGAGAAGCGGCCAUGGAUGCUGACGUGGGAAGGUACACGCGGGUGAAGGCACUUCAGGGCCCCAUAAACGGCGCGGACGACGAACGCGCCGCCCUGUGCCCCGCCUCCUCCGACCCCACCACCCCCACCCCUCCUGGAACCGCCUCUGCUGCCUGUUCUGCUGCCUCUGCUGCCCGGGCGGCGCGGGCGGUGCGGGCCGUGUACUUCUGUCUGGGCGCGGGGCUGCUGGCGGCAUGGAAUGCGCUCAUCACCGGCACCGACUACUUCGGAGCCGUUUACCCGGGCUGGCACACGGACCGGCUGUUCACCCUGGCCUACCUGCCGCUGUGCAUGGUCAGCCUGGCCGCGGCCAUCAGGUACCCCGACGUGCUGUCCCUGGCCGGCCGCAUCCGGCUGGGGUACGCCGGCUUCACACUGUGCAUGGCCGCGGUGCCGCUGCUCGACGCGCUGCUGGUGGCGCCCGCCGCAGCCGCCGCGCCGCCCGGUGGGGACGGCGGCCAGCAACCGCAGCCGCAGCCGGGGGAGGUGCCGGCGGGCGCGCUGGUGGCGGUGCUGGUGUGUGUGGCGGUGGUGGGCGUGUGCGACGGGCUAUGCCAGGGCGCGCUGUUUGGUGAGGCGGCGCAGCUGCCGCCACCCUACACACAGGCAGUGGUUGCCGGCACGGCCAGCAGCGGCCUGCUGGUGUGCCUGCUGCGUGUGGCGUCCAAGGCGUCGUUCGAGGCGGCGGCGGCGCGGGGGGAGGGGCAGGAGGGCGCGGACGCCGCCACACGCGCCGGCCUGCGGAAUGGCACGCGCCUCUACUUCGCGCUGGCAGGCCUGCUGUCCUUCGCCUGCCUCAUCCUGUACGACUUCGUACUGCCGCCGCUGCGGCGGCGCGCCGGCGGCGCCCUUGCGGCGGCGGCAGCCGCACGGGACCGCGACAGCGGCAGUAGCAGCAGCAGCAGCACCCCUGCUACAGCCGCCAGUGGCAACGAUGCCGCGGUGGAGCGGCAGCCGCUGCUGCUACAGCUGCAGCUGCCGGACGCCUCCUCUGCCGCCACGCUGGAGGUGGAGUUGUCCGGGGACCUGGGGUCAGUGCACGGCUCGGAGGCGGCGGCGGCGGCGCUGAAGGGCGGCUCGCCUGCGGCGGCGAUGGCAGCGGGGACGGUAGUGGGAGCGGGAGCGGUAGCAGCGGGAUUCAGCAGUGACGCUCUGCCCGUGUCGACACACGCAAACCACAACCAUCAUCAUCACCACCACCACCACCACCACCACCACCACUCAACGAACUUCGGCUCCCCCGGCGCGCCCGCAACUACCAAUGCCACCUCCGCCGCUGCCUCCGCCGCCGCCUCGCCAUCUUCUGGGAGCUUCCGCUCCGCUCAGCUGGCGGGCUGCGUGGCGGCGUCGUGGCCCGUGUGUGCGGGGCUGUUUGCGGUGUACGGCGUCACGCUGUCUAUCUUUCCCGGCUUCCUAGCGGAGGACGUGCACAGUGCCGACCUGGGUGACUGGUACCCCAUCCUGCUCAUCACCGCCUUCAACGCCGCUGACCUGGUCGGCAAGACACUGCCCUGCGUCACACCACUGCCGCCGUCAGCGCCGCCGCCGCCGUCAGCGCCAGCGCCGUCAGGCUCCGGCUCCGGACCGGGACCGGGAUCCCUGGCCCAGCGCAGUGCGGCGAAGGGCCGGGCGGCGGCGGCGGCAGAAGGGGCAGCAGGGCGGGGCCAGGGGCUGGCGGCGCGGUUGGCGGCGGCGAUGCUGAUGCCGCUGCGGCGGCCGCGCGGCAUGCUGGCGGCGUCGCUGGUGCGGGGGGCCGUGGCGCUGCCGGCAUUUGUGGCGGCGGCGGCGUGGCAGGCGCCGGCGGCGGUGAUGGCGGCGCUGACGGUGCUGCUGGGCGUCAGCAACGGGUACCUGACCAGCCAGCUCAUGACCAUGGGCCCCUCCGCCGUGCUGCCACGCCCCCUGCUGGACAGCGGGGCCAGCGACGAGGAGGAGGAGGAGGAGGAGGAGGAGGAGGAGGAGGAGGAGGAUGGCAGUGGCGGCGACUGCGAGCGCGAGUGCGAGGAGGCGGGAGCGGAGGAGGCGGGGGAGGAGGCGACCGGUGGGCGAGGGGCGGUGGGCAUGGAGGAGGGCCGAGGUCGUGGGAUAGGCGCCGGGCUAGGGAGAGGGCUGGUUGGGGGAGGGGGAGGGGGAGGAGGAGUUGAGGGCUAUGUUGCGCUCCCGGCGGCGGCGGUGGUGGCGGGGACAGCAUCAGCGUUGGUGGACAGCGGUGGCGGCGGCGGCGGUGGCAAGGCGAUCAAGGCUGGAUCGGCCGGAAAGGCACGUCGGCAACAACAGCAACGCAAGGAGCCGUCCAGCCAUUACCAAGAACCCAAUCACGAGCACCACCAUCACACGCACCACGCUGAUGCCGAGGUGGUUGAGAACCUGUUGGUGCUGAGCCUGGUGGCGGGCCUGAAUGUGGGUGCGGUGCUGGGCUGGCUGUGGUUGGUGUGACACUGAGAGUUUGGAAAGGGAAGGGCGCGAAAGGCGCCAAGUAUGAAGUGUGUGUGUUUAUACACGUGACCAUAAGUGUGCACGAGCGUCAAGGUGCGGUGGGUAUUGACAAGGAGGGUCAGCGGAGGUGGGUGUCAGGAAGCGCGUGCGGUGCGGCUCGGCACGCGAUGGUCGGGGACUCAGAAUCCAGAUGGAUGUGGGUUGCGAUGAUGGGAGUCGUUUAAGCUGCUCGUUGGUUUCCCCGUCGCAUUUGUAGCCUUUCCCGCACCGUAGACUA